UUCUCUCUCUCCCUCCCCCAAAAUUGUGCGGACGGAGGAGGAAUGGGAUGAUAAUCCCUCCAUGCUUCUUCCUUCUGGUCCUUUCCCUUAAAUUAAACAGGAAGCUUUAUCCAUCACUCUUCCUCAAUUAUUUCCUCCGACCAAACAUUCCAUGAGCUAAAGGAUACUUUAGAUGCGGACCUACGCGUGCUUCGUUGCCAUUUGCCAACAAUAGAACCACAAAAAGCACUUCAUUUAUUGUUUUGGACUGUUUUGAUUCCGAGACCAAUCUGUGGCUGUGCUGUAUUUUCUUCCCUGGGGUGGCUCCGUGAAGCAGCUGCGGUGCCAUCUCUGUUGCGACAGAGCGUGAGUCGAAAUGACUAGUAGGGAUGCGUCCAUGAAACCGCCGCCGGUGAUGGGUCAGCUACGCGACGUCGAGUCCGGCGACGGUGCUAGCUGUUGGGCCCACGAGGACGAUUCUUCGGACCCUUUCGACAUUGCUAACCCCAAGAACACGUCCCACGACACGCUUAGGAGAUGGAGGCAAGCAGCACUUGUUCUUAAUGCUUCUCGUCGUUUUCGGUACACAUUGGAUUUAAAAAAGGAAGAAGAGAAAGAACAACGAAGAAGCAUGAUCAGAGCACAUGCACAAGUCAUAAGAGCAGCAUUGCUUUUCAAAUUGGCUGGGCAACGGGCAAUUGUCUUAGGUACCACGGCAACACCUCCAACUCCUAGUGGUGAUUAUGGAAUUGCACUUGAACAACUUUCUUCAAUGACCAGGGACCAUAAUUUUUCUUCAUUCCAUCAUUAUGGAGGGGUCAAAGGGUUAUCAGAUAUGUUGAAAACAAAUCUGGAAACAGGAAUUAUUGGUGAUGACGGCGAAUUAGUAAAGCGAAGGAAUGCUUUUGGAUCAAAUACAUAUCCUGUGAAAAAAGGGCGGAGUUUCUUGAGGUUCCUUUGGGAGGCUUGGCAAGAUUUAACUCUUAUUAUCUUGAUGGUAGCUGCAGCAGCAUCAUUAGUACUAGGAAUAAAGACAGAGGGUCUAAAAGAAGGUUGGUACGAUGGGGGAAGCAUUACCUUUGCUGUUCUUCUUGUUAUAUUUGUUACAGCUAUUAGUGAUUAUCGGCAGUCCCUCCAGUUCCAAAACUUAAAUGAGGAAAAGCGAAAUAUUCAUUUGGAGGUUGUUAGAGAUGGUAGACGAGAAAAUAUUUCAAUAUAUGAUAUUGUUGUUGGUGAAAUUGUACCUCUUAAGAUAGGUGAUCAGGUCCCUGCUGAUGGAAUCUUAAUUACUGGCCAUUCUCUUGCAAUCGAUGAAUCCAGCAUGACUGGGGAAAGCAAGAUUGUUCGUAAGGAUCAGAAAGCACCAUUUUUGAUGUCUGGUUGCAAGGUAGCAGAUGGUGCUGGAACUAUGCUGGUAACUGGUGUGGGAAUCAAUACUGAAUGGGGAUUGUUGAUGGCAAGUAUAUCAGAGGAUACUGGUGAAGAAACUCCCUUGCAGGUACGCUUGAAUGGAGUAGCAACUUUUAUAGGCAUAGUUGGGCUUGCUGUAGCUAUUUUUGUGUUGGCUAUCCUCUUGAUCAGAUACUUUACUGGACAUACAAAAAAUUCUAAUGGAACAGUCCAAUUUAUCCAUGGGAAGACCAGUAUUGGUGAUGCAGUUGAUGGAGCAAUAAAAAUUUUUACUAUUGCUGUCACCAUUGUGGUUGUUGCUGUCCCUGAAGGACUUCCUUUGGCUGUUACCUUAACCCUAGCUUACUCGAUGAGAAAAAUGAUGGCAGACAAGGCCUUGGUGCGGAGGCUUUCAGCUUGUGAAACUAUGGGCUCUGCAACAACUAUUUGCAGCGAUAAAACUGGAACAUUGACCCUUAAUCAAAUGACCGUAGUUGGGACUUAUGUUGGAACAGAGAAGAUUGAUCAACCUGAAGACAUCUCACAGUUGGAUGCUGUGGUUUCCUCUCUUCUAAAUGAGGGGAUUGCACAGAAUACCACAGGCAGUGUUUUUCCCGCUAAGGAUGGUGGAGGGAUAGAGGUUUCUGGGUCUCCCACAGAAAAAGCUAUCCUUCAUUGGGGCAUCAAGUUGGGGAUGAAGUUUGAUGCUAUCAGAUCAGAAUCUACACUUUUCCAUGUUUCUCCUUUUAAUUCUGAGAAAAAGCGGGGUGGUGUCGCUCUGAAACGGCCUGACUCUCAAGUUUGUAUACAUUGGAAGGGAGCAGCUGAAAUAAUUCUGGCCUCGUGUACGGGAUAUCUUGACACAACUGGUUGUUUGCAUUCCAUUGAUAAGGAUAAGAUGUUUUUCAAGGAAGCUAUCGAUGAUAUGGCUGCAAAAAGCUUGCGCUGUGUUGCCAUUGCAUACAGAUCAUAUGAGAAGGACAAAGUUCCUGCUGGUGAAGAACAACUAGCACAAUGGGUUUUACCUGAGGAUGACCUUGUUUUGUUAGCUAUUGUUGGUAUAAAGGAUCCUUGUCGUCCAGGUGUCAGAGAUGCUGUGAAACUAUGCACACAUGCUGGUGUUGAGGUACGCAUGGUCACUGGAGAUAAUCUUAAAACAGCAAAAGCUAUUGCUAUGGACUGCGGAAUACUGGGUUCAGAUGCAGAUGCUAAUGAGCACGUUAUUAUGGAAGGAAGGACAUUCCGUGCAUUAUCUGAGAAUGAAAGAGAACAAGUUGCAAAGUCAAUAUUGGUGAUGGGAAGGUCUUCUCCUAGUGACAAGCUUUUAUUCGUGCAAGCACUGCGUAAAAUAGGGGAAGUUGUUGCUGUAACUGGAGAUGGAACUAAUGAUGCUCCCGCACUUCAUGAGGCAGAUAUAGGUCUUUCCAUGGGCAUCCAAGGAACUGAAGUUGCAAAAGAAAGCUCUGACAUCAUUAUCUUGGAUGACAAUUUCGCUUCAGUUGUAAAGGUUGUUCGUUGGGGCCGUUCUGUAUAUGCAAAUAUUCAAAAAUUUAUCCAGUUCCAGCUCACUGUUAACGUUGCAGCUCUAAUAAUUAAUGUUGUGGCAGCAGUUUCCUCUGGCACUGUUCCUUUAAAUGCAGUGCAGCUUCUCUGGGUUAAUCUCAUCAUGGAUACUCUUGGAGCACUGGCAUUGGCUACUGAACCACCGACUGAUCAUCUUAUGGAUAGAUCUCCUGUUGGUCGAAGGGAACCUCUUAUAACAAAUAUCAUGUGGAGGAACUUAAUUAUACAGGCUUUAUAUCAAGUUAUUGUCCUCCUUGUUCUCAACUUUUGUGGCACAAGUAUUCUCAACUUGAAGCAUGACAGCACAAAACAUGCUAAUGAUGUAAAGAAUACUUUUAUAUUCAAUACAUUUGUACUCUGUCAGAUAUUCAAUGAGUUCAAUUCAAGAAAGCCCGAUGAAUUUAAUGUCUUUAGUGGAGUUACCAGAAACCGUCUUUUUAUGGGGAUAGUAGGAACAACCUUUGUUCUUCAGAUAAUUAUCAUCGAAUUCCUUGGGCACUUCACCUCAACAGUAAGGCUUGACUUGAAGCUAUGGUUUGUUUCGCUUCUCAUUGGCCUUUUAAGCUGGCCCCUUGCUGCCAUUGGGAAACUAAUACCAGUUCCAAAGACUCCCCUUGCCAAGUUAUUCACGAAGCCACAUCGGCGAUAGGUAGCUGCUCGUACUGCAUAACUUCCAGGAUUGCAUGUAGUAAGCAAGGAGCCUUCCUAGAGAUUUUUACUCUUAGUUGUACACAGCUGACAAAUGAGGACUUAGCAACUGACUCUAACAGCUUGCUUCGCCUAGGUUACUUUGUAGUUUGUACAUUUUUUUAGUUGUACACCUUGCUUUGCGGCUUGUAACCAUUGCUGUACAUUUUAAUCAGAAAGUUUAGAAGAGGUGUUAGAAGACAUUCAUCUACAUUUUUUGUGGUAAAUUUUUUCCCGGGUUUUCCUCUC